AUGUCAACAGUACCAGAAGGGUCAACCCCAACUGUCCGCUUCAAUGUUGGUGGCACAAAGUAUGAGAUCUCGAGGUCCCUCUUGUCACAGCACCAGAACACCAUGCUCGCCAGAAUUGCUUCGGAAACAUGGCAAAAAGACCCUCAAUCAGAGAUUUUUGUGGAACGUGAUGGUGGGAGAUUCAAGUUUGUGCUCGACUUUAUGCGAGAUGGUCAAGUGAUCUUGCCAGCCCCAGGCCAAGUUUCAAAGGAGAGUCUCUUGAAUGAGUUGGCAUAUUUUGGAUUUGAUAAUGUGGACCCUUCUAGAAUCAAAGUGGAAUUUGCCCACCUGGAUGCACCAAGGCAAAUGAUGCAGCUCACAGAAGAACACAACAACAAAAUAGAAAAACUCUACAGCAAGCGUGAGAAGCUCAACAUUGAAAUUGCAGCCAAUGUUGUGGCUCAUGCAUGCUGUGUUCGACAUAUGACCACAGGAAAGGUGGACUUGACCUUUGAUGUAUGGCAAUCACACAACAGGAACGUAAAGAACGAAAGAACUGAUGAUAAUCACCUUGACUUCGAGGUAUAUGAUGCUGUUUUGCGUGGCAGUUUGGAGAACGAGAAACAAGAAAAAUUGGACGAGCUUCUAGCCAAGUACGGGUUGCGGGGUACUAGAUAUGAAGAAUCCCGUUUUCACUACUUGUGUGGCCCAUCGGCGCUAAACAACGUCCAAGUUAGCCUCUCGAAGCUUUAG